AUGUGUUUGAGUUCUUCAGAACCAUUUUCAGACACACCCACAAGAUUAGUCUUGUACCUCAAAACACAAAGCCACGUUCGGAUCCCUCGCCUCUCCAGGAGGAGAAGGAUGUGGCGGGAAGAAAAGGAGAUAGAGAUGAAGAAUAUAAAGCUUUACGUGGAGAAUCAAAACAUGAUACGAGAAAACGAGAAACUGAGGAAGAAAGCUCUUCUUCUUCACCAAGAAAACAAAGCUCUCUUCUCUCUGCUUCAGACCAAAAAGAUCUCCCCUGUUCCAUAA